CUGACAUGACCAACCAAAGCAGAGGACCCACAAUCCGUACUCUCCCAUCUUGCUGUAUCCCACAAACAGCAGCAAAUGGGAGUGACCGAGUCACUGAGUUUAGUAGAGCUACUCUCCUUUGCGUGGCGUUGUGUGGUGUAGUGCACUGUAGUAGUUUUUUGUCUUAGUAUUUAUUUUUGCAAGAUUUACGAAGGGUCCCUUGCCUCCUUAGAACCUUAACUAUUCCCUCACCUUCCUUCCUCUCCCUUUCUCUCCUUGUUGGUGAAGAUAUUUUUAACAGCAAGUACGAAAGGAUUUUAAGGGUGAUAUGAGCCGAAGAAAGAAUACAGAAAAAAGAAUAGGAAUCAAACAUUCGUAGUCAAAUCCUAUAUUUAAUGGUGAUGGUAAUGAACUCAUUUAAAGACAAUUUACUCUUGAUUUCUCACUGAAGGCGAAGGGAAUCUGUACUGAAGUUGCAACCCUCCCUUUGUUGCAAGCCACGAUGUUCAUCACUUAUGUCUUCCUGUUAUUAUUAUUGCAAUGGAUUGGCAUUAGGCAACAAAAGUAUGGUGUUUGUUUUGAACAAUGAAUGGGUUGCAAAAGAAGAAUUUAUUUUUUUUGUUCUUCCGGGACUUUUAUUUGAAAUUUGUGGAGCAAAGGACUUUGCUUUUUGGCAGAUCUUGGUUACUGCCUAUCUUUUCCCUCUUUGUUUUGAUUCCUUUUACAAGCUCUAUAAAUCUUUUCUAAUUAUAAAGUUUUCUACCAAUAAGGUAGGUUAGGAUGCUGUAAGAGACAUGACACUAAAGUUGCUGAAUGGGGGACAUGUUGUGUUGUUUUCUUUCCUUUAGAGGUGCAUGCAAUACAGGCCUAAGAAUGGAUAUCUGUGAGAGUUGAAGCUUGAAAAAACCCUGUUAUUGGUUUUCACCAUGUCAAGGCAAUCCCUACUUCCUCCUCGCUGCCCAUUUCGGAAGCAUGUCGUUUCUCAUCCAAUUCACGAAUCCAGUCCGCAACACCAUAGAUCUCCCUCCCAAGGUUCAGUUCUGGAGGAGAAGCCAGCAUGGCUUGAUGAUUUGUUAAGUGAUGAAGAUGCAGAUUCAAAAGGAAAGUGUCUUCGCCGGUCGGCCAGUGAUUCGGUCACCCUCUUGGAUGGUAUUGUGGAUUCAUUUUCAGGUUUGAGUCCAUAUAAUGAUGAAGCUGCUUCAGGUGGCAAUGAAACUUGUAGUGGACUGGAGUCAGCUUCUAUGUAUGGUCCUAAUUCUCCUAGGAGAAGAGGGAAUGUGACCUUCUCGGAAAAUGCCAUAGCAUCAGCACUAUCGGAGUAUGCAUUUCAAAAUCCUUUGCAGUAUGUAGACGGCAGCCUGUGCAUUUCGGGGAUUAAACCCUUGGAUCAAAUGGGGAAUGCAUGUGGUUCAGCUGGGGAGCUCAAUGGCGAGACAAACCCUGUGAAACGGCAUUCCGGGCAACGCUCAAGAGUUCGUAAACUCCAGUAUAUUGCUGAACUUGAAAGAACUGUUAAUGUUCUGCAGACUUUGGAGUCAGAGUUGGCUGUCAAGGUUGCUUCUAUGCUUCAGAAACGUGCUACCUUGUCCCUGGAAAACAACACAUUAAAGCAACAGGAGGCCAGAAUACGGCAGGAAAAAUUGAUCGCAGAGGCUCAACAUAAGGCUUUGAAGAAGGAAGCUGAGAGAAUGAAAAACAAGUUAGGUUUCACAAAUUUGAAGUUCAGAAAUUAUUCCAGAUCAAGUCGCCCUCCGGAGGCAGCUAGAUCAAAAGUUACAUGGCAGAUGGCAAAACUUAAUCUUAACUAGUCAGGGGAGUCCUUGUCCAUGCUUCAACAAUACGUCUCAAACAUGAUUUUCUACUCAUCAGUGUCAUUUUGUGAAAAAAGUAGACAGCCUUGCUGCAUCAUGUCAUAUAUUGGUCAGGAUACCUUGCACUCCCAGGGCACAAGUUGUUUAUAUCUUGCUGUACAUGAACCGCCAGUGAACUGACUUGUAUAACAGGGAGUGGCAUCAUCUUUUCACCAUAA